UCACUAACAAUAAACUUAAAAAUCAAAACUAAUAUAAAUCAGAAAGCCAUUACACAAUCUCUCCUCUCUCUCGCCUCUCGCUCUCUCCAAAUCUGUGCGCGGUUGUGUGCGGUGAUCCGGGGUGUCCCGACCGCGAUCAGGGCCGUCGGCUUCGGGUCGGACGGACGGAUGCCGGUGGACGUCGGCCGCGCCGCGGCCCGCGAGGCGGCGAUGCCGGCGGCGUGCAGCUCGUCCUCGAUUGGGAAGGACAGCGACGAGUGCUCGCCGCCGGGGAAGGAGGAGGAGGAGGGGGAGGAGGUGCAGAGCGCGUUCGUCGGGGGAGGAGGGGGCCUCGCGGGGUUGGAGGCAUUGGAGGAGGCGCUUCCCAUCCGACGUAGCAUCUCCAAAUUCUACAAUGGAAAAUCAAAAUCUUUCGCGUGUCUCAAGGAAGCUGUUUCAUCUUGUGGCUCUGCAAAGGACAUCGCGAAGGCAGAGAGCGCAUAUUCGAGAAAACGGAAGAAUCUCCUUGCAUACAGCAUCAUGUAUGAAACUUCACAGGAGACAGCAGCAGAAGUUUAUGAAACUGGACCCCCUAAGAGGCUUGCCAGUCUGAGCAGAAACUCUUUGGUGACCUUGGCUAGUAGCAGUUCCAGGAGCAGCAGUAGUAUCAGCAUCGAAGAAACCGAGCUCACUGAGCAGCUUCAUUCUCCUCCGUCGCUUGCUAAUGAUGAAAAUUCUGCGGUUUAUAAUGCUCCAGCACUACAAUUAGGAUCCUGUGAUCCUAAAACAUCAUCUGUGCCUGUGAGGUCAUUUUCAAUGAUGGAUUUGCGCCGUCUGCAUAGGCCAAGAUCCUCAUGUCGUCUCAAAGAUCAGAAAACGACAGAGUAGCGUAGUAUUCUUGAUGUUUUACUGGGGCUGCUAGUGUCUUUCUGUAUUGUGAAUAAAUAAGGGGGGAGUUUGAUGGUGUUGUCUGUGCCUGCAAGAUGAUUGGGGCUACUGUGUUGUAUGUAAAUUAGCAUACUACAUACUGAUAUCGAUGGCCUAAGCCCUAAGGUGUAUGUCUGUAUCAUGCAAAUUAACAUUUGUAAAUUAACUAAAUCCUCUAGUACCUUAUAUUAUACAUUCUUCUGGACC